ACGACGCACAGGCACCCCUACUUGUUUCUACAAAAUUACCCGUAUGUUGUCACCUAUGCGCGCUCUUACAUUGCGCUUUUCCUCAUAAUUUUUUUAGAUCAACUAUUCACAGAAUGGUUUCUCUUCAAUUGUGCUAAUCAAUUUUUGUUUUUACAAAACCUCUCUUCCUUGUAAAAAAUGUUUCCCCAUUUCGGUGCUACAGCAGAUACGCUAAGCAAGGCAUCUACGAUCAUGUUUCGGAUUGGUACAGACGCCCACUUAUAUGACGACCCAGAGGACGUUAACAUCGCUCCCUUGCUCGAUAGCAAGUUCGACUCCGAGAAAUGUGAAGCUCUUAAACGUCUCCUCGCUCUCAUCGCUCAAGGCUUCGAUGUUUCCAAUUUCUUCCCUCAGGGAAUUACAGGUGGUUAAAAAUGUGGCAUCUCAGUCAUUAGAAGUGAAGAAGCUGGUUUACUUGUACUUGCUGCAUUAUGCUGAAAAGCGUCCAAAUGAAGCUUUGCUGUCAAUCAAUUCCUUCCAGAAGGAUUUGGGAGACACAAAUCCAUUGGUGAGAGCCUGGGCACUUCGUACCAUGGCAGGAAUCCGUCUACAUGUAAUUGCACCCCUUGUUUUGGUGGCUGUGGGAAAGUGUGCUAGAGAUCCAUCUGUUUAUGUCAGAAAAUGUGCUGCUAAUGCUCUUCCCAAGUUACAUGAUUUGCAACUGGAGGAACAUUCCUCCACAAUUGAAGAGAUUGUUGGAAUAUUGCUAAGUGACCAUUCCCCUGGAGUAGUUGGAGCUGCUGCUGCUGCAUUUAAUUCUGUUUGUCCAAACAAUUAUUCUUUGGUUGGAAGAAGUUAUAAAAGGUUGUGUGAGGUUCUUCCUGAUGUGGAAGAGUGGGGUCAGAUAGUUCUAAUUGGAAUCCUUUUGCGCUAUGCAAUAGCAAGGCAUGGUCUAGUAAAAAAAUCUAUAAUGUUCUCUUUACAUGGCAAGGAAAGUCCCCAGUCUGAAAAGGAUGGUUUGGAUGUCGAAUUUUCAUUAGAAAAAGACAGUAGCAUGGAUUUGAAAUUCAACUCUGAAAUGGCAAGUAUGGUUUCCAGGUGUUAUAUUGAAGGGCCUGAUGAAUACUUAUCACGGUCAAGUUAUACCAACAGGAUUUUCUCUGAAUUUCACAAUGCAAAAUUUACAUCUGGCAAAAGCAAUGAUGACGUGAAGAUCCUGCUCCAGUGUACUUUACCAUUGCUGUGGAGUAACAAUAGUGCAGUAGUACUAGCAGCAGCAGGCGUACACUGGAUUAUGGUGCCAUGUGAGGAUGUCAAAAGAAUUGUUAAACCACUUUUGUUUUUGCUGAGAUCAUCCAGUACUUCGAAAUAUGUGGUCCUUUGCAACAUUCAAGUGUUUGCAAAAGCAAUGCCUUCUCUUUUUGCUCCACACUUUGAAGAUUUUUUCAUAAUUUCUUCAGAUUCAUAUCAAAUAAAAGCUUUGAAGCUUGAGAUUCUUUGUACUAUUGCUACAGAGUCAUCUAUUUCAUCUAUCUUCAAAGAGUUUCAGGAUUAUAUUCAAGAUCCAGACAGGAGCUUCGCUGCUGAUGCUGUUGCUGCAAUUGGUUUAUGUGCUCAAAAACUUCCCAAAAUGGCUAUUACAUUCUUAGAAGGGCUGUUGGCGCUGACUAGACAAGAACUUUUGACCACUGAAUUUGGAUCUAUUGAAGGAGAAGCAGGCGUUUUAGUUCAAGUAUUAACUUCAAUUAAGUCAAUUAUAAAACAAGAUCCUCCCAAUCAUGAAAAGGUUGUAAUUCAGUUGGUUCGUAGUUUGGAUUCAAUCAAGGUGCCUGCAGCCCGUGCAAUAAUAAUUUGGAUGAUGGGGGAGUACAACAAUUUAGGGGAGAUAAUACCAAGGAUGGUAACCACUGUACUUCAAUAUCUUGCAUGGAGCUUUUCUUCAGAAGCAUUGGAAACAAAGCUUCAAAUUCUUAAUACUACUUUUAAGGUAUGCCAAAUAGCUGUUUUGGUACUCUUGAAAUGGGGGAAAAUUAACUGUUGUGGUAUGUUAUGGAAAGUCAAUCAUUAUAUUAUUUCUCUGUAUAUUCUGUAUUAUGUAUUCCUAUUUGGGAUUUUUUAUUUAGGAUUUCUUCCUAAUUAGUAGAACACAAUUAUAGGAAUCAAUUGUAUAUAUAUACCCAUGUACAGAUUAAUUGAAAUUAAGGAGAAUCAUCUCUUUCUACAUGGUAUCAGAGCAGGUUCAUUAAGGAAUCGAAAUUUGAAAUUUCUUUCCCGUCUGUUUCUGGACUGAAACCCACUGUUACCCUAGGUCAUCUAUCUAGAGUGACUAUUUGUUCUCACCACCCAGCUCAGGAGAGACCUUGGCCGCUGACCGGCCGUCCCCUCUGAUCUGGUCGCCGGAAUCCAAGCGCGUGAGGCUCACACGCCCAACUCAGGUUCUUGCCGUUUCUUCACUCGCUGGUGCGUGGAGGAGCGUCCGCCGGCUGUUUCGACUCCGAUCAGCAUUGCCGGCGUCACCUCAACCCCCUCAUUCCAUCACUGUGUGUUGUUGCCUGAUUCAGUACGCCAUUAAAGGACUUCUGAGGUUUGGCUCUCAGAUCCUAUUUCGGUAUUUGCUUGAUUUGUGAUUUUGGGUUAUUUUGCGGCUGUAAGCACUUUGGAUUAGCGUUUCGGUUAGUUUUCUUUGUCUCAACAAAUGGCAGACAAUAAGAAUGUUAUUUCUGAUGUGAUUCCGGUGAUGACUAAGAUCACGGAAUACAAACUUAAUGGUUCUAAUUACCUUGAGUGUAGUAAGACUGUUAGGGUCUAUUUGCGUAGCAUUGAUAAGGAUGAUCACCUUACCAUAGUUAUCAAAGGCUCAAGGCGCACCGAGGCGCCAAGGUGUCUUGGAGCCUAGGCGCAAGGCGCAGGCGCGCCCGAGAGAGUCGAGGCGCAAAAAUUAAAAAUAUAUAUUAAAAAUAAAAAAAUUAUAAUUAUGCUAUCACACCUUAAGUAACAUAAAAC